UAUGAAUCGAUACAUAUAACCUUUGACCAUGCAAAUGCAAUCGGAAACGGUAAAUUCCGUCCUUGAUCGGUUGGCUGGUCUGACCGGCAGUAAUAUAGGAAGCGGUGGCAAUUCCAAAUAUCCUCAAUUACUAUGUCACUGGAACACUGCAUUUCUACAACCACUAGCUCCUCAUCAAGAAAAUGCUUUCAAUCCAUGUUUUGUAGCAUGGAUGUUUCUUGUCACCACUAUUAUACUAGGCUGUCUUAUUGGCUAUAGCUUAUUUGGAUCCAUUCAUAAGAAAAAAUAUGGUUCCCUUGCCCCAAAGAAUACCGGUCUUCAUCAUUAUAUUAGAAUUAAUUCUGUACUACUUCAAGGUCUUUUGUUUGCUUAUUUGACUUCAUACACCAAUAUUCAUGCAAGAUAUUCAGAUCUUAAAGUUGUUGCCUUUACAUUGACCACUUUAGUAUUGGUUUUCAUCAUUUUACCUUUACAUGUGAUUGAAACUUCGUAUAGAUGUACCCCCAGUCCUGGUUUAUUAGUCUUUUGGCCCAUUCAUAUGUCUCUAUUACUGGUUUUAUUUCUUCAAAAUCAAUACACAGAGUGGCCUGUUAUUUAUGGAGGACUGGAUUUACUGUUUGUUGCCAUUCAAGUCUUUUUAAUUGUCAAUUCUGGAUUAAUUAUUGGGAUGGAAUCCAUCACUUGGCAACCAACUCAUGCUCUUAUCCAUGAAUACACACUUGACGGACGUAAAAAUGAACUUUUGAAACCAAAUCUUUAUUCAAACAUCACUUAUACUUGGAUGAACCCUGUGAUUAAAAACGCAUACCUAAACAAAACUCUUUCCAUGGAUGAUUUACCGGAUAUUUCAAAUGAACUCACUGCAAAGUUAUCAACAACAAAGUUAAUCAAAUAUUGGGGGAAUGUUCAAUAUGAUGUGAAAAACUCAAGGAAAAACACUUGGCAAAUGUUCUUUUGUCUUACUAAAGCUUUUGGUCCUGUAGUUUUAUUGGCCUUCCUAUGUGAAAUUGGAAGUAGUUUGUUGAGUUUUGUUCAACCGCAAUUGUUGAGAUUAUUCAUUAGAUUCUUUGCUGAAAAGACAAGUAAUAAUGUGGAGAAUUUGGCUGGAACUGACAAUUCCCCUCCAAUUCUUUAUGGAGCUCUAAUUUCACUUCUCAUGUUUUCAAUUACUCUUCUUCAAACAUCGUUUAAUAAUCAAUACGUUCUCCUUAUUCUUAAGGCCGGACUUGGUUGUCGUUCUUCAUUGACUUCCUUAUUAUAUCAGAAAUCCCUUUGUCUUUCAUCCCAAGCACGGUUGGAAAGAUCUACAGGAGAUAUAGCUAACUUAGUUUCUGUUGAUGUAGAUCGAAUCCAAGCCAUCACUCAGAAUAUCCAGACACUUGUUGUUGCUCCUAUUGAGCUUAUACUUUGUAUUGUAUCGCUCUGGUCACUUCUUGGAAAAUCAACUAUUACAAGUAUCAUCACUUUAUCACUUUUAAUCCCUAUUAAUUCGUAUAUCAUUAGAUAUCUGAAAAGGUUAAGCAAGACUCAAAUGAAGUUCAAAGAUGCUAGAAGUAGAACCAUUAAUGAGAUAUUGUCAUCCAUUAAAAGUAUCAAACUCUAUGCUUGGGAAGUACCAAUGAAUGAAAAGCUUCUGGACAUUAGAAAUAACCAAGAACUUAAUAACCUUAAAAAUAUUCGUCGAGUGAAUGUUGUUGGUAAUUUUGUAUGGCAAGUGAUCCCAUUUUUAGUUUCGUUUGCCACAUUUGCCACAUUUGCAUUGACUCAAAAUACACCAUUGACUUCAGAUAUUGUGUUUCCAGCACUUGCGCUUUUAAACAUGUUAUCAAACCCCCUUUUAGCGCUCCCGGUGGUGAUAACUUAUCUUAUUGACGCAUCAAUCUCAUUAACAAGAAUCACUGAUUUCCUAGUUGCAUCAGAAAUCGAUCCAUUAUUGAUCAAUGAUUUACCCAAGGUUGAACAUUCUGGAGAAAUAAGUGUAAAAGUUAAGGAUACGGAUUUCUUGUUUGCCAGUGAAAAGUCCCAAAAUAGUACAGAUUUGGAAUCUUCCAUAUUUUCUCCGAAAUAUGCUCUUAAGAACAUUAAUUAUUCUGCCUAUAAGGGCCAAUUGUCAUGUAUUGUAGGAAGAGUUGGUAGUGGGAAGAGUUCAUUCCUUACAGCUUUAUUGGGCCAAUUGGAUGGAAAAGGGAGUCAACCUGGUACUGAACCUUUUGUGGAGAUCCAUGGAACUACUGCUUAUUGUGCUCAAUCUCCAUGGAUUAUGAAUGCCUCUGUUCGUGAUAAUAUUUUAUUUGGUCAUGAAUAUGACGAAGAAUUUUAUCAAUUAACAAUCGAUGCAUGUCAAUUAUUACCAGAUAUCGAAGUUCUUCCUGAUGGAGAUCAAACAUUCGUAGGAGAAAAGGGAAUUUCACUUUCUGGAGGUCAAAAGGCCAGACUUUCGCUAGCCCGUGCUGUAUAUGCCAGAGCAGAUAUUUACUUGUUAGAUGAUGUAUUGUCGGCAGUAGAUAGUCAUGUUGGAAGACAAAUUACUAAUAAGGUACUUUCACGUACAGGUAUUCUUCGUUCAAAGACAAUUAUCUUGGCAACUAACUCAAUUCUGGUUUUGAAUUGGGCGGAUGAAAUCUACCUCAUAGAAAAGGGAAGAUUAGUUGAAAGAGGAACUAUUAAGGAGGCAAGAACUUCAAGUAAUCCGAAGUUGGCAGCAUUAUUGGAAGAAUUUGGUAAAUCUGAAGGAGGCGAAAUAAUUUCAGAAACCGUAGAAACUGAUGCAGAUGAAAGCAUCAAGGAUGAAGAAGUUUUGAAUGAGGUUAAUGCCGACUCAGAUAGUUUAGAAACUUUUUACCCAGACACCGCUAAGGGUGCUGAGACAGCACUUCAGCUCACAAGAACAUUUUCUACCUCAACGCUACCAGGACCAGUUCUUGCCCCAUACCAGUUCAAAUCUAUUUCGUCUCUUGGUGUUAACGCUAGAACUACCCAAGAUGUAGAAAACUCCGCCAAGGGUAAAGUGAAAUGGAACGUUUAUGCUGCCUAUGUCAAUGCAUCUCUGAAAAUCGGUGUUGUCUUUUGGCUUACAUUACUCUUUUUCACAUAUUGUGCCUCGGUUUCAGGUAAUUAUUGGUUGAAGCACUGGGCUGAACUAAACUCGGAAAAUGGAAGUAAUAAUAAUGCAAUUAAAUAUGUUGGAAUUUAUGCAUUAUUUGGAUUUAGUUCCAGUUUGUUUGCUGUUUUAAGAGGUGCCUUACUUUGGACCUAUCUUUCAAUUAGAGCAUCACGUUCAAUUCACAAUAGUAUGAGUAAAAGUUUGUUCAGAGCACCAAUGUCCUUCUUUGAACGGACUCCUAUUGGCCGUAUCAUGAAUAGAUUUACAAGUGAUAUUAGUAAAAUUGAUGACACGUUACCAAGGGCAUUUAGUGGGUUUUUUGCUUCUCUUGUUUCAACAUUAUUUACCAUUGGAGUAGUGGCUGUUGUAAUUCCACCAUUUAUGAUUAUUGUGGUAAUUUUGUCAUUCGCUUACUUUCAUUAUCAACAAUACUAUGCUUCUGUUUCCAGAGAAUUGAAAAGAUUAGUUUCAGUUCUGAGAUCACCAAUCUAUGCACACUUUCAAGAAAGUUUGAAUGGUGUUGAUACUAUUAGAGCCUUCCAUCAAACUGAAAGAUUCAAGUAUUUGGAUGACUCCAAUCUUGAUUUCAAUUUAAAGAGUUUGUAUAUGUUGCGUUCCCUGAAUCGUUGGCUUUCAUCCAGAUUACAAUUUAUUGGAUCAAUUGCAAUUCUUUCUGCUUCUGCAUUACUGAUUUCCACUUUAAUAACUUCAAGCCCGCUUAGUGCAGGUACCGCUGGGUUUGUCAUGACGUACGCACUUCAAGUUACCAACUCUUUGAGUUUUGUCGUAAGAAUGUCAGCUGAAGUUGAAUCAACUAUAGUUGCAUUCGAGAGGUGUUUGGAAUAUUGCGAAUUGCCAGUUGAAGAGGAGGAAGAUGUAGAAUAUUUGAAGCCGUCUAAAAGUUUCCCAAGAGAGGGAGCUAUUUCAUUUGAAAAUUAUUCUACUAGAUACCGUAAAAAUCUUGACUUAAUCUUGAAAGAUAUUUCUUUUGAUAUUAAACCAAGAGAAAAGAUUGGAGUUGUUGGAAGAACUGGCGCUGGGAAGUCUUCUUUAACUCUCGGUCUAUUUAGAAUCAUCGAACCCGCAUCUGGUACUAUAUACAUUGAUGGGGUGGAUAUUUGUAAACUUUCAGUUUAUGAGCUUAGACAUCACUUGAGUAUUAUCCCACAAGAUUCUCAAGCGUUUGAAGGUACCCUUAGACAAAAUUUGGACCCAUUGAAUUUGCAUUCUGAUGAAGAGAUUUGGAAAGUUCUUGAACUUGCUCAUUUGAAAGAUCAUGUGAAUGAAAUAGAAGAAGAAUCAGAUUCCAAGUUGGAUGUUAAGGUUGCCGAAGGAGGAUCCAACUUUUCAGCGGGACAAUUACAACUUAUGUGUUUGGCACGUGCCUUACUUAACACUUCCAAGGUCAUUGUUCUUGACGAAGCCACUGCAGCAGUAGAUGUUCAAACUGACAAAAUCAUUCAAGAAACAAUCCGUAGUCACUUCAAAGACCGUACAAUUAUUACAAUUGCUCAUAGACUUGAUACAGUGAUGGACAGUGAUCGGAUUCUAGCAUUGGAUCAUGGAGAGGUUAAAGAGUUUGAUACGCCAGCAAACUUACUUGCUAACAAAGAAGGGAUAUUCUAUCUGUUAUGUAAACAAGGUGGAUAUAUUAAGGAUUAAGAGUCCUAUCUAUUGAAGAAGAAAAGUUUAAUAUUGUUUUAUAAAUGUAAAUAUAUUUUUGCAGCCAA